AUGGCCACACACAACAAGAUCCAGCUUGAGAGUGGCUGGGUCUUCAAGCAAGAAGAUGAUUCUUCAUCAGAUCCAUGGCUGCCCGUCUCUCGCGUCCCCACGCAGAUUCAUAUGGACCUUCUCGAUAAUAAGAAGAUACCAGACCCAUUUGUGGAUCUGAACGAGCGCUCUGUCCAGUGGGUAGGUGAGAAAUCUUGGGUUUACCGACUAUCAUUCAAACUCCCAUUUGAAAGCUCCCCCGAACAGGCAGCAGGCGCAGGAGUGAGGACAGACCUAGUCUUUGAUGGCCUGGACACCUUUGCCACCGUCACUCUAAAUGGGACCAAGAUCCUCAGCACAGACAACAUGUUCGUCUCUUAUCGGGCUGACGUGACAAACAUGAUCUCAGCUAGCAAACAGAAUGAAUUGGAGAUUGUCUUCGAUUCAGCUCUGCUCCGAGGGCGUGACCUUGUCAAAGAGCAUGCCUCUGAACAUAACUUUCUCGUUCGUCAGACAGAGGCUGGACGCCUCCCAAUCAGAAAGUGCCAGUGUAAUUGGGGAUGGGACUGGGGCCCAAUUCUCAUGACGACUGGUCCUUGGAAGCCAGUUUACAUUGAGCAAUACACAGCCAGGAUAGACGAUGUCUGGACGCAACAUGAAGUCAGUGCCGACCUGGCUGAAGCUUCCGGCAGCAUCCUGGUUAAAUUGGAUGGGGACAUCCGCCAGGGGUAUAAGACCAUCGUCACUAUCUCAGCAGACGGCGGAACAGUUCUGGAAGCGCAAGCUCAUGACGAUGGCAAGGGCCUAGCACGAGCCCCCUUCAAAAUCAAAAAUCCGGAGCUUUGGUAUCCUCUAACAUACGGGAAACAGUCUCUCUACCAAGUCGAGGCAAAGAUAGUCGAUGAGCAAGGCAAAGUCAUAAGUUCGUUAUCUAAGAAGAUAGGCUUUCGACGCACAGAACUCGUCCAGGAAUCCGACGAGCACGGCAAGUCGUUCUACUUCCGCAUCAACAAUGUAGACAUCUUCAGUGGCGGAUCGUGCUGGAUCCCCGCAGACACCUACCAGGCGAACAUCUCAGACCAGAGAUUCCGAGACUGGAUCAAGCUCUUGGCCGACAGCAACCAGACAAUGCUGCGGAUAUGGGGCGGUGGCGUUUACGAGCACGACGCCCUCCUGGAUGCCUGUGACGAGCUCGGCGUGAUGAUCUGGCACGACUUUCAGUUUGCGUGUGGAAACUACCCGGUAUAUGAUUCAUAUCUAAAUAACUUUGAGCUGGAAGCACGACAGCAAAUCCGUCGGCUUCGAACACACCCAUCGGUAGUGAUUUGGGCAGGUAACAACGAGGACUACCAAGUUCAGGAGAGGUACAAGCUGGAGUACAACUACGAAGACAAAGACCCAGAGUCCUGGCGUCGGUCAACCUUCCCAGCGCGGUACAUAUACGAAUAUCUCCUCCCCAAACUCGUCCAAGAAGAGGAUCCAUACAUGAUUUAUCAUCCCAGCAGCCCUUGGGGCGACGGCAAGCCUCUAGACGACCCAACCGUUGGUGACAUUCACCAAUGGAACAUCUGGCACGGCCUCAUGAGAAAGUACCAAGACGCCAAGUCCAUGGGCGGCCGCUUCGUCAGCGAGUUCGGCAUGGAGGCGUACCCCCAUCUCAGCACCCUCAACCGCGUCAUCUCGGACCCUUCCCAGAGAUACCCGGGCUCCAUGCCCAUGGACGCCCACAACAAGGCCAUCAACCACGAGCGCCGCAUGAUGACCUACGUCGUCGAGAACUUCCGCCCGACCAGCCUCGACAUCGCCACCUACGCCCACCUCACCCAGAUCGUCCAGGCCGAGACGAUGCGCUAUGUCUACAAGUCCUGGCGCCGCGACUGGGGGAAGGUAGGUAGCCGCAAGUGCGGCGGCGUGCUCGUGUGGCAGCUCAACGACUGCUGGCCCACCGUGUCCUGGGCCGUCGUCGACUACUACCUCGUCCCCAAGCCCGGGUUCUACGCCAUCUCUCGGGCCCUGCGUCCCCUCGACGUGGGCGUGAUGCGGACGGUGCACGACUGGACUUCGACGCACGAUUUCGUGGACGAGAAGUCUGAUCUGAAGACCGGGCAGGUCGAUCACACCCUCGCAGCGAGAAACGGGACGUUCGACGUUUGGGUCGCGAGUAGCCGCACCGAGCCUGUCGAGCUCUCCGUAACGGUCAGCUUCAUCUCCGUUCGCUCAGGGGCCGAGGUCCAUGACCAGAUCAGGCAGACAGUAACUGCUUCCUCCAACGCCACAACAACCAUUAUCGACUCUGCCCCCUGUCCGGCCUCCAUCCCCGUUCCUGAAGAUCUGACCCGGGCCUUUGACCUGUCCCAAUAUGAUCCCUACGUCAUCCACGUGUCGAUAUCAGCCAACGGACAAGUCAUCGCCACCGACUCGGCUUGGCCCGAACCCCUGAAAUACCUCGACUUUCCCGAUCGAGGCCUCAACGUUCAAGUUUCCUCCACUGGAAAGCAGCUCACCGUCCAGGCCUCACGCCCCGUAAAAGGUUUCGUCUUCGAGGAGACGGAAGGCUUGAAGCUGAGCAACAACGGGUUCGACCUGAUGCCUGGCGAAACGGAGACGGUGGAAGUCAGCGGGAAGAUCGCAGCGAAGGAGCUCAAGUAUACGUACAUUGGGGCUCCGGGACCUUCCCUCAGUAUCUAG